CAAGGAAUUGGUGCGCUGCACAGUGGCCACAGCCGGCAAUGACCAUCGCCUUGGUGCUCAGGAAGCUCCUCCUGCCAUCAUAUCGCUGUACCCUGGGCAAGGCUUUGAGGCCUACGUCGACAGUGUGAUAGCAGGAGCAGAUUUACUUGGAUACAAGGCAGAGAAGAAAAAGCAGCCCACGGGUUGCUCUCAGGCAAUGUUCAUCGAGGCAAAUGUUGAGGACCGAAAUCGAACUGCACCAUUCCCCUUCUGUGGAAAUCGCUUCGAGUUCCGUGCUGUGGGCUCUUCACAAAACUGCUGUUUGCCAGUUAUGGUGUGCAAUGCCAUCAUGGCAGCCGGCAUGGGAAAGCUUGCAGAGAUGAUUGAGGGAGGCAUGAGCCACAGAGAUGCCGUUGCUAACAUGUACAAGGAGAACAAACAUGUGAUUUUCACUGGCAAUGGCUACUCUGCCGAGUGGAAAGAAGAGGCUGCGAAGCGAGGCUUGCCAAACUUGAAUACUACUCCAAAGGCGGUUGCAACUUGGAACUCUGAAAAGAACUCCAAGUUGUUCGAAACGUUGAAGAUCUAUACUCCUGAGGAGACCGCCGCAAGACAAGAAGUCAUGUAUGAGAACUACAUUGGUUGCUUGAGCACGGAAGCAGAGACAAUGGUCAACAUGACUGAGACUGGCAUUUUGCCGGCAUGUGCAAAGGACUUGCAGAAGUGCAGCACAGCGAGCAACAAGUUUGCAACACCCAGAAAGGUUGCCUACGAAGAAGUCGUAGAUCGGCUGGAGAAGCUCAAGUCCUGCUUGGUGUCCAAGCCACACGGUGACUUGGAAAAAGAAGCUGCCUACUUUUGCGACACAGUGAAGCCUUUGAUGGUUUCUUUGAGAGAGUCAGUGGACAAUGCAGAAUCACUCAUGGAAACUGGCUUGUAUCCGUAUUCGACCUACGAGCAGAUGAUUUAUUCGCACCAUUUUUGAUUGUCCUGCUGACAGCUGCGUGGAUUGGCAUGCUCUCUGGAAGCGCAUUGCCAGCAUCGACAGCUGUCAGUGUGUUUUGGAGCCCACCAUAGACACCAGAUUGACUGCCAUUCAAGAGCUUGAAAUGUUCUCCAGUCAAAA